CUUUCAUCAGAAAAGGGGGCAAUAUGAACGAAGGGGCGCUUCAAAACAUAAUGGCGGGAUCUCAUAAUCUCAACAGCUCACAGAGAAGAAGGUCGCCGCGUUUGAGCUCUCCUCCUCAAGCUAACCUUAAGACUGACAACAAAAUGGCGCUGACCUCGGCUGCUGUUAAACGCUCCAUCACUGUGAGGAAAAUAGCACCAAGGAAAACAGUCGCCCCGUCGGAACACAACAAGGAGAACACGCCGAGACGGUCGGCGUCGGAAAGCAGCACGCAGAAGAAUCCGCAGGUCUCCACCCCGGCUCUGCUCCCCGGCCGCGGGGGCUCCUCCUCGGCCAAGAAGAAGAAGAAGAAGGCCGCUGUUCUGUCACCGAUCCUCCCUUCCACACCACCGGCCCCGUCUCACCCCAAACAGCCUGCUGCGGAUCCGGAGGACGCGGUGUGGUCGCAGAAGGUGCGCCGCUCCUACAGCAGGCUCAGCGAGCAGUCCUUCAGCAGCCCCGACUCCCGGCACAACUUGUUCGGAUUCGAUAAGAUGAAAACACCCGAGGUGGCCCCGAGAGGCCAGAGAUCCAAGACGGGUCUGGAGGUGUCUUGUGGAUCCUUGACCGGUCUGAACUCAUUCACGUCGCUGCUUGAGGCUGAUGACUGUGGUUCAGUUUCCCUUGAGCCGGACACAAACAUCCCUGGAGUGACUUUGGUGAAGGAGAAGAGGAUGAGGAGGAAGAAGGUCCAGCAGAUCGGAACCACAGAGCUGGACGCACUGGCUGCCGAGAUGAACGCAGAGUUUGAGGAGGCAGAGGAGUUUGAGUUGCUUGUGGAGUAAAUAAUGGGACUGAAAGACCGAAGGAAUCUCCUCCAGCAUGACAUGUUUGUCUCUGACAUGCUGGGAAACCCUGACUCUGGGAGGACAACAAUCAUCUGUGUGCCUCAUACUCAGAACGAGUCUCUGUAUAUUUCCUGCUCUAGAUAUUGUACAUGUUGAUGCUCUGGAGUUUCAUACGUUUGGUUUUUCUUUUAAAUGCUCUUAAUGUGAUUGUUUAGGAUAUUAUUAUGUUGUCAAAUGAUCAGUACAUGGACGAGUCAAAUCUAAUGCAUGUUCUUUCAUUGGUUAGUAUUGACACUUUAUACAUAUUUUGUUUACUCUACAAAUAUCUUACAAUUGUCAUGUUAAAGGUCCAACUUGGAAUAACAAAACGUUUUUUUGCAAGUUUGUUUUUAAAUGGUCUUUGACUGUUUUAAAUUUACUUUUGAGUCCCAAACUGGUAGAUCAGGCACAUGAUACCUAACGGGGGAAAUAUUCGACAGUUUAAUAUGGAUCGUAAUCACGUGGGAUAGCUGUGGUUUGUAAACUUUAAAACAUUAUCUGCAGGCAUAGCAAGAUAUCACAAGACAAAUUGAAUAGACUGACUUGGCAUUUUGUAUUUCUUGAUAAUAUUUGUAUCACUGGAAAACAACAGAUGUGUAGGCAACAGUUAAGAGAUCUGUAACCCUUUUUAUAAUGUUUUACAUCCACAUUUAAUUGGUGUCCAAUUUCAGAGAUCAUCUGACAGUUUUUAUGUUGUUCUUACACUAAUCUUUUCAUGCGUCAUCUGUACAUAAUUAAACAUAAA